AUCUGGCCUCCAGGCAGCUCUGAAUAAGGGGAGGAGUCAAUCAGCCAUAAGAGUAUUGUGAAACUGAAGCCACAAGCUCAAAGUUGGUGAAACUCGCUGGAGAAAGGACUUCAGUAGUACUCAAGUUACAAAAUGGCUGAAAUUCCCCAGCUGAGUGACAACAAGGUUUUCAUGGCUUUUACCUCCUAUGCAACCAUUAUCCUUUUAAAAAUGAUGAUAAUGAGUAUUUUAACAGGAUUCAUGAGAGUAACAAAAAAGGUUUUUGUCAACCCAGAAGAUGCUUUGUCCUUUGGCAAAGGGGAGAAUGCUAAGAAGUUUCUUCGUACAGAUGAUAGAGUUGAACGUGUGCGUAGAGCUCACCUGAAUGACAUUGAAAAUAUCGUUCCAUUCUUUGCCAUUGGCCUCCUGUAUUCACUGAGUGAUCCAGACUUCUCCACAGCCUUAUGGCACUUCCGGAUCUUUGUUGCAUCUAGAAUCUACCAUUCAAUUGCAUAUUUGACACCUCUUCCACAGCCGAACCGUGGGAUAGGUUUUUUUAUUGGCUGUGGAGUUACUUUUUCGAUGGCAUUUAGAUUGUUGAAGAGUACAUUAUACCUGUAACAGACAUCAUCACAAAGUUCAACCUUUAGGUUACCCUUUUACUCCAAAUUGUAAUUCUUCUUAAUCUUAAAUGCAUAAUUUUUACUUUGGGGUUAAAAGUAGAAAUAGAGGAGAGAAUUAUUUUGAAUACCACCAUUAAUGGCAUCUUUGAUUCUAGAUUAGCAUUUUUAUUGGAGAUUUUCCAUGACCCUUCAUUUUUUAUUGUUUUGCUUUAAUAUCAGAUUGAUGAAUUUAAAACAUUGCAAGUAUGGCAUGACCUUUAACUUUUUAAACUUUUUCACAUACAGUGUAAUGAUUUUUGUUUGAGUUACAUUGCUAUUAAAGCCGAAGUAUGCCAAUAAAGAACUAAAAAAAUAAA